CACAUCUAAAACGGUGCGUCAGGACUUGAACGCUUUUCUUGUUCCGUCGUCCCAGAUCUGAGUCGCACGGCCGUUCCCUUCCCGAUUCGCACUAACUAUAUUGGAAUUGGAACUUUCAUCGUCGUCAUCAAGGGAAAGAUAAAUAACCAGGAACUGAGGGGUUCAUCCGACUUAAACCCGGAAAAAUGGUUCUGAUAUCGGCGGUACGGGAUUAUAUCAGCCGGAUGUUGCAAGACAUCUCUGGCAUGAAGGUUCUCAUAUUAGAUUCCCAGACGGUAAGUAUUGUCAGUGUUGUCUAUUCACAGUCAGAGCUUCUUCAGAAAGAAGUCUUCUUGGUAGAGUUAGUGGAUUCCAUUUCCAAGUCGAAGGAAUCAAUGUCACAUCUCAAGGCUGUUUACUUCCUUCGACCAACUUCAGAGAACAUCCAGCAUCUACGCCGCCAAAUAGCCAAUCCUAGAUUUGGAGAAUAUCAUCUUUUUUUCUCCAAUAUGUUGAAGGACACUCAGAUUCACAUACUCGCUGAUUCAGAUGAAGAGGAAGUUGUCCAGCAAGUUCAGGAGUUUUAUGCAGACUUUGUUGCCCUUGAUCCUUACCAUUUUACCUUAAAUAUGCCUUCAAAUUACAUUUAUAUGCUCCCAGCGGUGGUGGAUCCUUCAACAUUGCAGCGCUUCUGUGAUCGGGCUGUUGACAGUAUAGCAGCUGUUUUUUUGGCUUUAAAACGAAGACCCAUUAUUAGAUACCAAAGGACAUCUGACAUUGCAAAAAGGAUAGCACAGGAAGCAGCUAAAAUGAUGUACCAACAGGAAAGUGGCCUUUUUGAUUUUAGGCGAACCGAAGUUUCUCCAUUAUUAUUGGUAAUUGACAGGAGGGAUGAUCCUGUAACCCCAUUGUUAAAUCAAUGGACCUAUCAGGCAAUGGUUCAUGAGCUUAUAGGAAUCCAAGAUAACAAAGUAGAUUUAAAAGCCCUUGGUAAAUUUCCAAAGGAGCAGGAGGAAGUUGUGCUGUCAUCAGAGCAAGAUUCUUUCUUCAAAAGUAACAUGUAUGAGAAUUUUGGAGAUAUAGGCAUGAAUAUCAAGCGAUUGGUAGAUGAAUUUCAGCAAGUGGCAAAGAGUAACCAGAACAUCCAGACAAUAGAGGACAUGGCCAAAUUUGUUGACAAUUACCCUGAGUACAGAAAAAUGCAUGGAAAUGUGUCAAAGCAUGUAGCCUUGGUAACAGAAAUGAGCAAGAUUGUUCAAGAGAGAAAGCUUAUGUUAGUUUCAGAAGUAGAACAGGAGUUGGCUUGUAAUGGAGGGCAAGGGGCUGCUUUUGAGGCAGUGACAAAUCUAUUAAACAGUGAAAGCAUAUCAGAUGAGGACCGGCUACGUUUAGUCAUGUUGUAUGCUUUGCGAUAUGAGAAGGAUAGCCCUGUUCAAUUGAUGCAGCUUUUCAACAAACUGGCUUCCCGAUCAGCCAAGUACAAGCCUGGGAUUGUCCAGUUUCUUUUGAAGCAAGCAGGUGUUGACAAGAGAACGGGUGACCUUUAUGGAAGUAGAGAUCUACUGAAUAUUGCUCGUAACAUGGCCCGUGGAUUGAAGGGUGUGGAGAAUGUAUACACUCAACAUCAGCCACUUCUGUUCCAGACCAUGGAAAGUAUUGUGAAAGGACGAUUGAGAGAUGUGGACUACCCAAUUGUUGGAAAUCACUUUCAGCAGGGAAGGCCGCAGGAAGUUAUCAUCUUCAUUGUUGGUGGGACGACUUAUGAGGAGUCACGAUGUGUUGCUAUACAAAAUACCAGUAAUAUUGGGGUUCGUUUUAUACUUUGCGGUACUACAGUUCUUAAUUCUAAGGGGUUUCUUAGGGACUUGGAAGAAGCUCAGAGGGUAGCUCGUUCUAGCUCCUCUGUCGUUUGAGGGAUGUUCUGGCAGGGGCCACGUAGAUAAGUGUUUACAGAAUUAAUGUGUCUUGGGCAUGCAUGGAAAAAGGUCACCAGAGGAGCUUGAUCAGAGGUAUUGGACUCGAUCCACUAUCCGCUGCAGAAGACGAUAAAAUAAUUGUUAAGCAGGUUGAAAAUAAUGCUAGCUGACGCCUUGGCGAUAAUGUGGAUUUUGACAUAUCCUAAAAUGAGAAGUUGCAAAAACACUCGCCUCGUUUCAGGAGAAAAAACAAACACGGAACUGGGUACAAAGAUAGGAAACCUUCUAAUUCCUGUAAUGGGCUUUCUUCUCCCCCGCUUUGUCCACAGCCUCUCUGGCCAUGUUAAUGGGUUUGUUGAUUCCUGCUGAGGAUGCUUAUAGUUACUGUAUAACCAUGUAAUGAAUAUCCCGAUUCUUUUGUAAGUUUUGUAUACUGGCAGACAAACUUCUUUCGCAUUUUUGAAAGAUAGGGGCCGCCUUCCUAUUUAAUAUUGGUUCAAUCAUUAUUUUCAAUUUAA